AUGAAGAGGCGUCUGUCGGCCCUGGAUACGCUCCUCAUCGUCAUCUCUUCUCUUCUUCUUCUCUGCUGUGUCUCUCUGAUCGUCGUUUCCUGGAUCAUCCUGAAAUCAGAAGGUGUCACGGAGCCAGUGCAGGUGACGGCUCGGAUGUCCAUCACUGAGGGAGCCGAGUUCUCUGAAGAUCUGAGGAACUCCAGCAGUCUGGAAUUUAAAUCUCUGUCCUACGAUGUGACACAGCUGGUGUCAGAGGCAUAUGAUCUCAGUGAUUUCCGGCAGAUCUACAGGUCUUGUCAGGUUCAGUACUUCAGUCCGGGCAGUGUGGUGGUGACCUUUGACCUCUGGUUCAAUCAGCUGAUUGAUAUGAAGGAGGCGGAGCAACAGCUGGGGGCGGGGCUUCAGAAAGCAGAAAGCAGGGGGUUGGUGAUCAACCCAAGCAGCAUCCACAUCAGCCGUGAGUCUGAUCAAUACAUAGCAUGUCCUCCUCAUCACGUAUCCUGUGCUGAUGGAUCAAUGUGUGUUCCAAUUGAUCAGUUCUGUGAUGGAGUCGAGGACUGUCCUGACGCUUCGGAUGAAGCUGCUGUUCGCUGUGCAACAGCAUGUGAUGGACAGUUUGUCCUGAGAGGACCAAGCGGAUUAUUCAGUUCUUCAGAUUCUGAGAUGUACAACAGCAGCAGCUUCUGCCGCUGGAUCAUCAGAGUUGACAGAGGACUUUCAGUUCAGGUCAACUUCCAUCAGUUUGAAACUGAAGAAAACAUGGAUACUCUAAGACUUUACGAAGAUGUUGGACCAAACAAACAGCUAACAGCUCAGCUCUCAGGCUCCACCCCUCCUGGAACCGUGUGGCUCCUGACCGACCAAUCGACUGUGGAGUUUACUUCUGAUGAUAUCAACAGUCUGUCAGGGUUCAUGGCCUCCUACAGCGCUGCCAACACCUCUGGCCUGUCCAACCAGGAGAAACUGAGCUGCAGCUUCGACCUUGGCUGGUGUUUCUGGAGGCAGCAGCAGGAUGAUGACAAUGACUGGAUUCGAACCAGCGGGUCCACCUUUCCACCGUUAACCGGUCCUAGUGGUGACCACACACUAGGGAACAGCUCAGGUUUCUACAUCGUCACUCCUCCGAGUCCCGGCCAAUGGCUGAAGAGCUUCAGGAUCCACAGCCUCCCUUUGACUCCGCCCAUAAGGCCCAUGUGUCUAAGCUUCUGGUACCACAUGUUUGGUGAGGAUGUCCAUUGUCUCCGAGUCCUGCUGCAUUCCUCACAGCCAGAGUCCAUCGUUACCAUAGUAUUCCAGAGAGAUGGUAACUAUGGCGACACCUGGAACUACGGUCAAGUGACCCUCAACCUAACAUCAGAGGCCAUGGUGGUUUUUGAAGUUCAGAAAAAAGGAGGCAUGUUGAACGACAUUGCCCUGGAUGACAUUGCACUGACAGCUGAUCUCUGUGGCCCUGCCCCACCUGAACCAACCAAUGUACCACCACCAACAACCACACCCCCCAUACCAGUUAACUGUGGAGGACCUUUUGACCUCUGGGAGCCAAACUCUACUUUUACCUCCCCAAACUACCCACAGUCCUAUGGUAACGGAGCUCAGUGUAUGUGGACUCUUCAUGCUCUGGACGGUCAGAACAUCCAGCUCCACUUCUUGGACUUUGACAUGGAGGCGACCUUUGACCUGGUGGAGGUGCGGGAUGGGGUGGGGCCAAACUCCACCUUACUGGCUGUUCUCACAGGCAGCGAUGGCCCACCUCACGACUUGUUUUCAACAGCCAAUCAGAUGACAGUGUGGCUCUACACAGACAGCUCAGGUCAUGGUCGAGGAUUCAGGGCCAACUUCAGCUCCGGGUUGGAUCUGGGGUCCCCAGCUCCAUGUGCAGAGGGACAGUUCCAGUGUCAGACAGGAAGCUGUAUCCAUGGUAACAGUCAAUGUGAUGGCAUGCUGGACUGUGUGGAUGGAUCUGAUGAAGCUGACUGUGUUGCAUUGCAGGUAAAUGGUUCCAGGCGUCUCCAGGUCCGACGUGUUUCCUCUCUGUUUACUGUUUGUGCCGACAGCUGGAACUCUCACCUGUCUGACUUCAUCUGCCAGUACCUAGGACACAGGUCUGGAGAAGCAUCACUGCUGCCGGCUCUUCCAAAGGAUUCACCGUUUGCAACCAUCAGGAUUACCAGUAACGGAAAACUGGAAACCAUAGUCAGUGACGCCUGCAAGACUGAAGAAGUGAUUUCACUCGACUGCAGCAACCAACCGUGUGGACGUCGUCAGGUUGCUAACAUCACCAGUGAGUUGGACCAAUCCCAGGACAGGACACCUGGUGGAGGUGAGUCCCGAGUGGUGGGUGGAACCAAUGCAGCAAAGGGGGCGUGGCCAUGGAUAGUGUCUCUACACUGGAGGGGGCGUCAUGUCUGUGGAGCCUCUCUGAUUGGCCCUGAUUGGCUGCUGACUGCUGCACACUGCGUGUUUGGGAAGAACGUCCACCUGGAGUUCUGGUCCGCCGUCCUCGGCCUUCACGCUCAGAGUGACAAAAACUCUGAGGAAGUUCAAACCCGACAAGUCGACCGCAUCAUCAUGAACAGAGAAUACAACCGACGCACUAAACAGGCCGACAUCGCCAUGGUGCACCUGCAGCAGCCAAUCAACUUCACCCAGUGGGUCCAACCGGUGUGUCUGCCCGCUGAAGGUCAGAGUUUCCCAGCAGGAAGUGAAUGUCUCAUCACAGGCUGGGGACGGGAAGCCGAAGACGGUUCUCUUCCUGAUGUUCUUCAGGAGGCUGUAGUUCCUCUAGUGGAUCCGGACGAGUGUCAGCGUCUGUUACCCGAGUACACCUUCACCUCCAGCAUGCUGUGUGCCGGAUACCCCGAAGGCGGAGUCGACUCCUGUCAGGGUGACUCUGGUGGUCCACUGAUGACUAUGGAUGAGGAUGGAAGCUGGACUCUGAUUGGUGUAACGUCAUUUGGGGUUGGCUGUGGGCGUCCUCACAGACCUGGAGCCUACGCCAGAGUCUCCAAGUUCAUCUCCUGGAUCGCUCAGACCAGGCGCUCCUCCUCCUCCUCUUCAUCGUGCUUCUCUUCAGACUGAAACUUCAUACGUUCACGUUCAGCUGUGAUCACAUGGACCGAUCAAACAUCUACAAGACAAAUCAAUAAAGUUUUAUUGAUUCAAAUUCUGAUUCUUGACAAAUGAAUUCCACUUUAUAAAAUCACUUCCUGUUUCUGG